UUUUUCGUUUCUUCUCCAAACUCUGUGCCGAAAACAAAAAAGUGAUAAGGAUGGUUGACAAGAAUAAUAUAUCGACGGUGCUUGUUGGACCAGAAAAGAUAGAGAUGCGGCAAAUGCCGAUCCCUGAGAUUGGUCCUUUCGACGUGCUGAUCAAUGUCAAAGUCACUGGGAUUUGUGGAUCGGAUGUGCACUUUUAUAAACACUGCAGAAUGAUGGAUUUCCAAGUAACCGAACCGAUUGUCUUGGGCCAUGAAUCCGCAGGCGUGGUCGUGGCUACAGGCGACCAAGUUACGCGUGUCAAAACAGGCGAUCGUGUGGCUAUUGAGCCUGGUGUGACUUGCCGAACAUGCGACAUGUGCAAGGCUGGCAUGUAUAACUUGUGUCCAGACUGUCAAUUCCGUGCAACUCCACCGACAGACGGCACCUUGAGCAACUACAUUAGCCAUCCAGAAGACUUUCUGUUCAAGAUUCCGGAUGGCGUUUCGCUUGAAGAAGGCGCUUUGAUCGAACCUUUGUCUGUGGGCAUGUACGCUGUUGAACGAGCCAAUGUCAAACCUGCCGACACGGUGUUGGUGCUAGGUGCGGGACCCGUGGGUUUAUUGACAUGUGCAGCUGCCAGAGCAGCAGGGGCGAGCGAAAUCAUUGUUGCAGAUCUGGUCCCGUCGCGUUUAGAAUUCGCUAAAGCAUAUAACUCUGACGCCCAACUCUUGUUGGAACGUCCCCAAAAAGGCGAACCUAACAUUGAGUAUGCUCGACGCAUGAGUACGCAUAUCAUAAAGGAACUAGGUGGACGACGCGCCGAUACAGUGAUUGACUGUACAGGUGCCGAAACGUGUGUGCAAAUGACUGUUUUGCUGACGAAAAAUGGAGGAUCGGCAGUCUUGGUGGGUUUGGGUGCGUCGACACAAACAUUGCCAGUGGCGGAAAUCACAGGAAGACAAGUGGAUAUCAAGGGCGUGUUUCGUUAUUGCAACACGUACCCACGUGCCAUUAGCAUGCUAAAGAAAGGACACAUUGAUGUCAAGCCGCUGAUCACACACAAGUAUCCAAUUGCAAAGUCCAAGGAGGCGUUCCUGCACGCUGUAGAAGGACGUGAUGGUGCGAUCAAAAUCCAGAUCAUCAACGAUCAUGUCUGAGCUCUUUUUAUGAUUUAAUGUGUGAUAAAACUUAUUACAAGG